AUGUCUGCAACCUCCACACCAGAGCUGCCCGCCGAUCGGAUGACAAUCAGGCGGCUUCGGGAUGGCGAUGAGUGGGGACCGGCGCUUGUGGCCUUCGACGAGCUGUGGCGGGAGAUGCGGGCAGUUCAGCCCGAGCUGGUGGAGGUGCCCAUGGGUGGGCUGCUGGUCCGCGGCCACCACGCGCGCUUCGUCCACGGAGCCCCCGAGGACGGGCCGGCCAGCUUCAUGGGGCGCGACAAGCUCGAGUUCGACCUCUCACGGCCCGAGGAUUUUGAGAAGUUUUUCGCCAAGGCUAACGUCUUGGGAGAAUUCAUCUGGGCCGAGGGUGAUUGGUGGGAGCAUACACUGGAAGUGUUGGAGGAGCUGGCAUUGAUACUACGCGGGUGUUAG